GCUGUCAAAACUAGCUUGUCGAGACUUUUUCUCCCUUUGCAAACCAGAUCGAUUACCCCGAGUUUCAUCCAAACCAAAAAGCAAAGGACGAGGUUAAAAGUUGUCUUGUCAGAAAGGGACGAGCGGAGGAACCAACACCAGGACCGGCGGAGAGCGCAGUCCUGUGCGGGACCGUGCUGUCAGCAUGACGGAGAAACCACCGCUGGACAGCAACGAAGACAGAGCCUGGCUCAGCGAGGGCCAGUCUGAAAGUCAGCUUACAACCGUGCACGACCCAGAUGGAGCUGAGACAGCCGAUGAAGACCGGCCAGCAUGGGACUCUAAGGUCCAGUAUGUGUUGGCCCAGGUGGGGUUCAGUGUGGGCCUGGGGAACGUGUGGAGGUUCCCAUAUCUUUGCCACCAAAACGGAGGAGGGGCCUUCAUGCUGCUGUAUGUUUUUCUAUUAAUGACUGUGGGAGUUCCACUGUUUUUCAUGGAGCUUGCUGCUGGCCAGAGCAUUCGACAGGGCAGCAUCGGCGUUUGGAAGCACAUCUCCCCGAAGCUGGCCGGGAUCGGCUACUCCAGCUGCAUGGUUUGUUUUUACGUGGCUCUUUACUACAAUGUCAUCAUCGCAUGGAGCCUGUUCUACAUGGGUAAUUCUUUUCAGUAUCCUCUGCCGUGGGAGCAGUGUCCGAUUGAUGUAACCACCAAUGACACAGUGAAGGAAUGUGCAAGUUCUUCUCCAACGUCGUAUUUCUGGUUUCGGAAAGCCCUGAACAUCACCAAUUCCAUCAAAGAAUCCGGAGAGUUUAACCUCAUCAUGACAGGUUGUUUGUUGGCUGCUUGGGCAAUCGUCUCCUUGGCUAUGAUAAAGGGCAUCAAGUCGUCUGCAAAGGUGAUGUACUUUUCCUCGGUCUUUCCCUAUGUGGUCCUCUUUAUUUUCCUCAUCAGAGGGUUGACGUUGGACGGCGCAAUAGACGGGAUCACCUAUAUGUUUUAUCCUAAACUGGAAAUCUGGGGUAAUGUGCAGGUGUGGCGGCAGGCUGCUACACAAGUGUUUUUUGCCCUCGGACUGGGCUAUGGCUCUGUUAUUGCCUAUUCCUCCUACAAUCCAGUCCACAACAACUGCCACAGGGACGCUCUGAUGGUCUCUAGCAUCAACUUCAUGACAUCUGUGCUGGCCUCGCUCGUGGUUUUCGUCGUGCUGGGUUUCCGUGCCAAGAACAUCGCACUACGCUGUGUCGCUGAAAAUGUUGGUCUUCUAAACGUCAUGGCAUCCCAUGAAUCUAACCAGCACUUGGUUGCACUUGGUUGGCCUUGGAUCAACACGACAGAUCCAAGCUCUGUGUCUAUAGCUGAAUACAGACAGUGGUACAGUCACCACGGCUCCACGAUGGGUCCUAACAUCACUGACUGCAGUCUGGAGGACGAGAUGAAAAAGGGUGUUGAAGGGACGGGCCUGGCGUUCAUAGCAUUCACUGAGGUGAUGGCCCUUUUCCCUGCCAGCCCCUUCUGGUCCACGCUGUUUUUCCUAAUGCUGCUCAACCUGGGCCUGAGCACCAUGUUCGGGACCAUGCAGGGAAUCCUCACACCUCUCAUGGACAAUUUUAGCCUCCUUGGGCGCCACCGGACCCUUCUCACUGUGUCCAGCUGUGCUUUGGGGUUUUUACUGGGACUGUUGUUCACCCAGCGCUCAGGCAACUAUUUUGUGACCAUGUUUGAUGACUACUCUGCAACACUACCGCUAGUCAUCGUGGUCGUCUUCGAAACCAUCAGUGUGGCCUGGGUUUAUGGAACCGAUCGCUUCCUGGAUGACAUCGAAGUCAUGCUCAAAUGGCGCCCUCCAGUGGUGUACAAAUAUCUGUGGAAAUAUGUUUGUUUGCUGGCGAUGGUUGCUCUUCUGGCUGCCAGUUUUUUGCGCAUGGUCUUCAAAAGGCCCACGUACACUGCCUGGAAUCAGAGCACAGCGUCUGAGAUGACUCUCGAGUACCCCAACUGGGCCCUCGCCAUGAUUGUCAUGCUUAUAGUCGUUGCCAGCCUGCCUGUGCCUAUUGGCUACAUCCAUUCCAUGCUGAAAAACCACAGGGUCCGUAGCGCUCGCUCCGAGGAGGUAGGCUGCCAGGAGAUCCACCGCGAGUUGUACACCAAGUGCAGCUCCACUGAGCCGCUGGAUUCCAACUCCCACCACCGCGUCCCCUCCGAGGAAGCCGAGGCUCAUCCCAGGACAGCCUUCCUGCCGAUGGGCAGCGAACACUACCGGCUCCUGCCCCAGCAAGAGGAGGAAGACGAGGAACAAGAUACGGGGGUGUGAGCACGGCUGUGGGAGGGUAGUUGUUUGUGAAAGGAUGAAAUGUUUAAAUGCUGAACUUCAGAGAGCGUAGGAGCAAGAGCCUGCGAGAGAGACUGCAAAGUGAAGGGACGGCAGUCAUAAAGAGAAUUGUUCUUUACUGGAGGAAGAGUCUUUGGGUUGCACCUAUUUUUCAUAUUCUACAAUGUUGACAAGCUGUUUUAAAUAUUUAUAGUUCUGAAGGUGCCUUUCCAUUCAAAUCAAAAGCUUUGUUGAUUCUGUACUUAUGAAACUACAGCUCCUCAUUGUACCUCCUUCAAUUCAUUUUCUGAAGCAUUAAUGCUGUUCAGAAAAUAAAAACACACACAAGUACAUGACAAAGGAAUAAGCUGCUAUAUUUGAUGAAAGGAUUUAGAGUAGUAGAAUAAUUGACCAGCUAUCAAACUAGGUUUGUCUGAGGCCUUUUUUCAUGUGGGAGUCAUGACUGAGUUAGCCUGUGGCUGGUAAACUGAAGAUGGCAGCAACGGACAAAAUAUGCUUUAUGAUAGGUAUUUUUAACUUUUAGCUGUGUGUGUGUCUGAACAUUUGUGUUCAUUUCUGUUGUAAAUUAGUUUGGAUGUGGAAGGACAGAUGUUAAUAUGUUUAUUUUGCAUUAUAUUUGUAGCAUAUUACCUCAUGAGACCACAGUAAUGUAUGUACAUGUAUUCAGUGUAGCAAUAUUUUACUGUACUAGAUGAAGACUUAAA